AUGCGAGAUCUAGAAAAUGAUAAACACAAACAAUUUUACUGUUCUGUGUGUCCGUUAAUAUUAUACGUAAAUCAUACUGAACCAGUGUGCCUGCGCGUGAGCGUGAUAGAGACACUGAGUCCGACACCAAUACGCUGUGUGCGAGCGGGACAGCGCGAUACCGACGACGGUGCGUGGAGGCCGUCGCAGCUCUGUCGGUCGUCGCGUAUCUGCAAUUCUGCAAUCGGCGCUCUGGGGCGGAGGGCGGAGGGCGCCGCUAUCUGUGACCCCUCGCCGAUUUGUUUACGCGCAUCUCGGCCAUAUUGUUACAAUGGAGCGCUGAUGAUGAUAUCAGCAUUUGGCUUACUCCUGCUGGUGGCGGUGACGGUGGAUUCGUCAUCGACACCAGCUGCGAAUCUGCAACCUAUGACAGCGAAUUCUCGGGCCCAAUACGUGUUCGAAAACCCUGUAUCUGUUACAACUGAGGGUGAGCUAAGAGAAUGGAGUCCGCACCCAGCGGAAACGAAGACUGCAAUGGCUGAUCACGAGAAUAACGUAAGAAGUGAGCGAGUGACGGAUGUUCCUAUUGAGAUAUCAACGCUUGCUAAUUACGAAGAUGCGGAUUCAGCGCCUGGCUCUCACUGCCCCAAGGGAUGCGACUGCAUAGAGCUCACCGACGGCACGAGCUACAAUUGUUCCCUGCCCAGCGGUGUGGUCGCCUUCGACGAGUUCGGUGACGGAAUUAUUUUCAAGUGCUUAAGCGGCACGCUGCGGUGCUCGGAGGUGCCCUCUGGCGGGGGCAGCGCCGGCGCGUUCGCCGCCAACGCGACGGUGCGCAGCGUGUCGCUGCAGGGGUGCGCGCUGCCAGAGGAGCCGGUGCUGUGCGCGCUGCGGCGGCGCGGCGCCACCUCCGCCCAGAGGCUCACCCUCAAGCGGCCGCUGACGCCGCUCAGCGCCGAGCACGUGCGUGGCCUAGGCGCCCUCACCAUGCUCCGCAUCACGGACCUCGACGGGGAAGAGGCGAGAUUACCGUUGGCCGCGAUUGCCAGCUUGCCGCUUCUGCAGCAUCUGACGCUGGACAACGCUCAUCUGAUACUGCGGGAAGAGCUCCCGUCGCUGCCACUGCGCGCUCUUGAGCUAGCCGACGACGCGCUGCAAACGCUGCCACACGCCCCCUUCCGCCAUCUGCAGCAACUGCGCCGCCUCGGCCUCUGGCACAACCGCUUCGAGCAGUUGCCAGCAGACGCGCUGCAAGGUUUGGGUUCACUGCAGGAGCUGAGUUUCAGCUCCAAUCGGCUGGCAACCCUGCCAGGUACUUUGCUGGCUUCCACACCACAGCUGCGCAACCUGGACCUUUACGAUAACGAGCUGCGCUUCCUGCCACGCUCUCUCUUCGCCGGACUUGCGUUUUUGGAACAGGUGCGGCUGAACGACAACCGGGGCGAACUGACGCUGGAGGAGGGCACAUUCUCCGGUCUCACUUCUCUGACGGAGCUUGAGUUGUCGCGCAGCGGUUUGCGCUCGCUGCCAGCGGACACAUUUAGAGGCUGCAGCGUUUUAAAGCGGCUGCUGCUAAGCGGCAACUCGCUCGCAUCCCUGCCUGAUAAGCUGCUGCGUGGGCUGCCCGCCCUCGCGCACCUCGAUCUCAGCAGGAACGAGUUGAGCGCCAUCCCGCCGUCCCUAUUCGCUGACCAGCAGAAUCUUGUGGAGCUCUACCUCGAUCAUAAUAGUUUCGAGACAUUAACAAGCUCGAUGUUCCUCGGCCUGAGCAACUUGGAGUUGCUGUCGCUCAGCCAUAACAAGUUGCGACUCAUCGCCUACGACGCUUUCACCACGUUGCGCUCGCUGCUUCGAUUGAAUCUGGCCCAUAACGAACUCUCAUUCGGCGAUGAUGGUACCGGGGGCGUGAAUGGGGCGGAUGGGGCGGAGGGGUACUUGCUGCUGGGUGGGCCCCCUUCGCCAUUCAAUGGAAUGACGCUGCUCACAAACCUCGACCUCAGCCACAACCGCGUGCAUCAGAUGCUCGACGAUUGGCGCAUCGUGCUUACAGCUCUGAAGCGGCUCAACCUUAGCUGGAACAACUUCUCCCAGUUUGAUUACGUAAGCAUGAGCUUCUUGGGUUCCAACGUGGUAGUGGAUCUGCGGAACAACAACAUAUCGACGGUAGACUUGCAGGGCGACAGCAAUGGCAGCGCUGUGAUCCUUCUCGAUGGCAACCCGUUCGCGUGCGACUGCCACGCGCCAGCGCUGCAGGAGGCGCUGGCGGCGGGCGUGGCGCCCCCCGCGCCCGCCCCCCUCCCGCCGCGGCCGCGCCUCGUGGCGCCGAGUGCGACCUGCGCCGAACCGCCCCACCUGCGCGGCCUCUCCCUACUAGAAGCGCCACGAAGCCAGCUGCGGUGCAGCUUGCCAUCGCCGCAGUGCCCUUCUGAUUGCAGCUGCUUCCUGUUGCCUGACCAUCUUGCCCUGGACUGUGAUACUCUUCCUCCACGUCUGCCCUCGCCCAUUGACCACCAACUCACCAUCACCCAUUUGCGGCUGCAUAACGUCACCGGCUCGCUCCCUUCUCUGCCAGCUCAUGUGCGUAGACUAGAUCUCAGCAAACUUAAUAUCACCCAGUGCCCCAGUUGCCACCGAACAUCGAGGUCGACCUUGCCAGCAAUUAUC